AUGAAGUCAUUAUUAUUCUUACAGACACCACAAACAUCGGUGGAGCAUCCUCAAGGUGAUGGUUUGGUUGAGAGAAUGAAUCGUACGGUGAAGACAGCUUUGGCAACGCAAAUCGAACAAGAUCCGAAGAAUUGGGACGCGUAUUUGCCAAUGAUCACAUUCUCCAUCAACACCGCUGUUCAAGCAUCUAUUGGUGUAUCACCUUUUGAAGCCAUGUUUGGACGCAAGCCCACUCUACCAGCAACAGCCGAGUUGACACCUUCUACCACAGAGGGAUACAAUACAAAGGAAUGGAUCCAUUAUCUCAAUUCUCAUUUGCCUCUUAUCCAUGGAAACAUCAAGAAGAAGUUGACUACAGCACAAGAACGACAAAAGAAGUACUAUGAUGACAAGCGUCAAGAAAGCUCCAAGUAUGAAAUUGGUGACAAGGUUUUGAAGCUACUUUCAAAGGAGCGUUGGACUUUUGGAUCACCUAAGUGGACUGGUCCUUGGAUUAUCACUGGAUUUCGGAACAAGGACAAGACCAGCUUUGAGUUGAAGCAUACAUCAGCUGACACUUUGAAGAAGAACCAACAACACACAACAGCCCAUGUCAGCCAAGUUCACAAGGUUAUCGAGUCCACCCUUUGA